UUUGGUUGACGCCUUUCAUUUCCUGACAUUCUUGUCUGUGAUUGCCUUGCUGUCUUUUGAAGACAUGAAAUUUGCGUUUUAUAAUUAGACAAAAAGAAUUUUCUCGUUAUCGUUAAAGUGAAAAACCUAAGAAGAUGAACCGUCAAGUGGAUGUAAAAGCGCUAGUGUCCCACAUAGUAAGAGGUGAUGGCUUGGACAAAUGUCGAAUUUGUAUGGGAGACACCACCGAAGGCCAGGUUUACCUCGGCGACACGGUCAUGAUGGAUGGAGAACGACCGGUCACGCUUGCUGAAUUAUUGGAAAUAAUCACAGGCAUCGAGGUUCCGCUGGAGGAGGACCUACCUGCAGGCCUGUGCACCGAAUGUGCUCAGAGAGCUAUGGAUGCUGCCAGCUUCCGAACGCUGUGCAGGCAAGCCGCUAGCCAAUGGGACUCCACUCUGCAGCUCCUCACUAACUGCUUACCGAUCAAGUACAAAGAUACAACCAUGUACAUAAUUAUGAAGAAUGAUGAAAUCUCUAUAGCUAACAAUCCAAAAGGUAAACCAGAUAAAUAUGAAAAAAUUUCUUCACAAAAAGAGGUGCAGGUUAAAGAUGUAAAGCACAAAUGUCAAUGUCCGGACUGUGGGAAGAAAUUUGCGUAUGCACAACAUCUGUAUUUACAUUUAAAGGAGUCUAUGGACUUUAAGCGGGCCUGCUAUGUUUGUGCUAAGAUCAUGACUAGAGAUGAACUGAUUCUGCAUUUAAUAACUGCUCAUCACCUUGAUACUUAUGAUUGUAAGAAGUGUCCAGCUUUGUUUAAGUCCCGUAAGUUUCUAAUUCGGCAUACGGAGGAGGCGCACAGUCCUGGAGCGUGCACAUGUGGUGAUUGUGGACGUAGCUUUAAAUCCAGGCCAGCUUUCAACGCUCACCUAUCAGUCCAUGCUGUCAAAACAUGUCCAGGUUGUGAUAAAGUAUUCAGAAAUCAAACAUGCUACUUACAUCAUGUGAAGAAAUGCUGCGAUUUGGACAUUAGUCGGAAGACUCAUCAAACAAAGCAUAAAGUUACUAUAGAAGUUAAGAAUAAGAAAAGUGAGAGGAGAACUAGAGUGGGCCUUCGGGGGGCAGCGGAUAAAGAAUGCAUUUGUGAUUAUUGCGGGAAGAAACUAGCGGGGAAGAAGUUUAUAACGGCACAUAUACAGAUAGUACAUCUUAAAAACACGCACAGACCUUGCUCAUAUUGCGGUAAAUUCCUUGCCUCUGCCCAUAUGGGUGAACACAUUAAGAAACAUGAGGUUGAAACUAUAUUCACUUGUGAACACUGCGGUAUAGUUUUAAAAACCAAGCUAGGUUAUGUUCAGCACAUACGUCUGCAUACUGGCGAGAAGCCUUACGCUUGUAAAUAUUGUGGUGAAACUUUCUCAGCAUCUUCAAGAAGAUCAGAGCAUAUACGUAAAGCUCACAAAAUGCCUAAUACUGUACUGAAAUAUGCUUGCGAGUACUGCCCGGCGCGCUUCCAACUCCCAUACAAACUUAGAAAUCAUGUGUCCACUGUUCAUAAUAAGGAGGACAAAGCGGCAGUCCCAUUUUCUUGUAAGAUUUGCAUGGAAAAGUUCAGCAGUUGUAGAGGGCUGACGCACCAUAGUAGAAAGCAUCAGAAGGAGAGUAUGGUUGAUUUUAAAGUCUAUAGCCAACCUAAAAGUCAUAGCAAACCUAGAAUACUAAAAUAAUAUAUCAUGUUUACAUAGGUUCUAAGUUAUAUAUUAGUUUUAAAUGGAGCUGU